AUGGCUACUCCUUCUAAAUCUCGACCGGUCUUCGAUGAAGACGAUGACACCGACUCGGUCAACACAGACAGCACCAUCGAGAGUGACUUGGAAGCAGAGUACAGCGUCGAGAAGCGUGAGAUCGACGCUGGUCAUGCUAAACCUUUCAAAGUUGCCACUUACGAAGCUGCCCUCAGACGCGAUGAAGAGCAACGCGAACGUCGAUAUGCCAAACGCGCAGAGAAGCGCCGUCUGAGAAAAUCUCGAGGACCGACCCCUCGUCGUCGCCUGCUUACUAAAAAGGAACUGACCAAGAAAGGAACUGCAAGAAAGGCACCAACCCGUGAUGCAACUAGCACCUCUUCUUCUGCAACCGGGAACUCGCCCAGAGAACAGACCACAUCGCUCUUCGAGCCGUCUGGUCCUAGUAAACCUAUUGGCCUGAAACGUAAGAGGCUCUCGUCCAACGCACGCUCAACAUCCCCAGUGCUGUCGGUAGACGAUGUCGCGAACUCACAAUAUUCUGUUUUCAACGAGCACACAGAAAGUCCACGCAAGUUACCAUCGUCACAUUCAACGACUGUGCCGAAAAGGCCUCGUGUGGAUGAUCCCUCGGCGGGAAAAGCAGCAACAAAGCAAAAAUCAGGUGCAGCAACGACUGUGGUCACAUCUAGACCAAAAUCAUCAAAUGCGUCAAGCGUUCAGAAGAAGUCCCAACUAAAUGGAGAAGUCAGCCAAGCUGCCGAAUCCAAGGAACAAGGCACCGAGCGUGCGCGUAAGGAAGCUAUGAGCGGCUCCUCAGAUCCUCAGACAACUAAGCUGGCCAAACCACCCACGGCAGCAGGUGUAUCUAAGGUGCCGGUCGAGCUCGCCUCACGUCGUGCUUCGGACGUGAUAGCCAAACCGACCGAGUCGACUGAUGGCCUCAAGAACAAACAGGCGACCGCAACAAACACCGACAAGAGUCAGACGGCAGUGAGUAAAGAUCGACCAGAGCCUGCAGCUUCUAGUGUUGCCAAAACCGUGCCCAAACCUGUAGUCAAACCUGCUGGACCAUCUCGGAGACCCAUAAGUAUGUUCAUUGAACCAAAGGCCAAGCCCAGACAGCGUCCACGAGUCAACGAAUACACGCUCAAAGAUUUGACUGAUCCUCAAUUUGUCAACCUAUCUAUGCAGAGACGGAUGCAGCUUUACAGCCAUAACGAACCGCCGCCUGAUCCAAAUGCUCUAACAUUCAUCGAUCCGAAUACCGGAAAGGCCGUAAAUAACACAGAUGGCACAUCGUCUGCGUCGACCGCUUUGCGACUAGACACCAAUGUGGCAAGCACUUCCGAGACAGAACGUUCAGCAGUUCUGAGAUCCGCGCCUGCCUUAGAGAGUCGUUCUGCCUCGACGUCUGGGUCUCAUCGUGAGGCUCCCCAAGGACGCCACACAACCGCAACGCCCUGGUCGGCACAAGGGACUGAACCAAGAUUCGCAUACCCGUCGGCCAGACCUCACGUGCCUCACAUACCCAGAAAACAAAUAGCAUGUCGAUUCUGGAUGAAAGGCACGUGUAAUCGCAGCGACGAAGGGUGCUACAAUGCACACACCUGGACUGGGCAGUUGGCUCCCAAGAGCGCUUCUACGUGCAAGUUCUGGGCAAAUGGUAAAUGCACAUACUCUGACGAGGAGUGUGAGUACUAUCACAGCUACGAUUUUCCGCGAAACGCCGAUGCAGCCAGACAAGAGGGCCUUGAGGAUGUCAACGGCUUUCACGCUAUGCAACAGGCAAGACAUCGCUCAGAAAGUCCCGACCGUUAUGGGUUGCGUCAGGACGAAGCGGAAGUGCGCCGUGGCAGAGCGGAUCAACUAAGGUCUCGUCCGGAUGAACGAACUCCAAUCCAGUCACCCUCUCUAACGUCAACUACAUCGUUUGAACCUAGAAGAGAUCUUCACACGGGACACACUACCAUGGCAGGGUUGGCUGAUGAGCCGCCCUCUGACGUGGCCCAUACGCUCACCUCCACUACUGUAAAGCCAGACAUGUCGAACGAGAUGGAUACUGGUAAUCCUGUCGAUAUCUGCCUUGGCAUCAAACCUACCUCUCAACCUACCUGCACCAUGGAUGUGAAGUUAGUCUUCGAUACUAGGGCAAGCCGGAUCAAGUUUCUUGAUGUAGUUGGCGAGAAAUCUUCUCUUGAAAGCUCCGAGAUCUGCCGCUCGCGUGACUUCGAAUCAUAUUGGUUUUCUAAAGAGAACGCAUGGGCCUCAGGCGGUGUUGUGUACACUCCAGGAGACACUGUGGCCGCUUACCUCGAGGACUUUUUGGUUUUACAAUCUUCCUGUUUUGCCAUUCGAAACGACAAAUUCAUCUUUGUUGUAUACUCAACCCAGAACCCGGACUGGAAGUUUAUGCCUCAUCGUGGCCCUGAUAGAUCUGGCCUACGCUGGUAUCUUCAAGCAGCGCCUAACAAAAGCUCGUUCAUCUCAAUGUGUUACGAACACUUGGAAUUAAAUCCUGAAAUUUUGUUUGCUGGGAACAGAGGCAAACACGCUGGAAAAGUUGUGUAUCUAGCCUUUCCCAGAGGAACGCCAGAGACCAAGCUUGUUGAAGUUUUCCUGAAUGAAGUAGGCGCAAAGUUUGUCUACUCAGAAGACUGCGACCUAUGGACUCAGGUCGUCCUGUUCCACCCUUCGAUGAACGCUUUUUGGAAAAUACCUGAGUUCUGGAAUGUCGGUGUGUCGAAGUCUAUCAAACUUCGUCCCGAUUCGCCCAUCAAGUACAACUGCACCCGCCUAUUCCCGAGUGGCACACUGACACUCGUCACGGACGAUGUCUUCAAGCACGACCCCGCCCAUGCCCUUCAAGUGUUGAAAAUCUAUGAGGGCUACAAGAUGAAGCCUGAGGGUGGACGAACCGACCGUAUCUACUGCCGACCUGGUAUCUUGGCAUGGCUUGCUGAGCUGAUUGACGAAGAGCGAGAGACGGGCAACCUUGCCGAAGAUUCUCCUCGAGUCAAAUGCUGGCAGCUAGUCUGCGAAUUGCUGGGCACUCCUGUGGCCGACAACAGCCGCAAUCCGUUCCGCUCAGACAUGAAACCACCUGCUAUGCUAUACUCACCCCCGAAGAGCGAGAUGCCCGAGUACGGACCUCUGUGGGACGGUAGUGAAGAGGAAGCCACUGAUUAUCUAGUCAACUGGUUUGCAGGCCAUGCCAUCGAGGAGUGCGAGAACUACCGCCGCUUCAACGUGCUAUACGAGCAUCACGGUGCGCUGUCCGCUCAGACACCUGGCCUCAUUCAUUCCGAAAACCCCAAGGAUCCAAAGGAGUGGAUGAAGAAAUACACGCACAUCAAGAUCACUACACCGGCCAGAUUCAUUGUGCAAGUCGAAAACUACGAGAAGUCGAAGCUUGCACAUCGUUGA